CAGACGCCUGGGGCCGCUCCGUGUCUGCGGGGGGAGCCCGGACGCCUGGGUUCUAUUUUUGGCUGCGGGGCUGUACUGGCUCCCGGUUGAUUUGAGGGGGUGCUCCAUGUCCCCUUGUAGGGAGAAGCCCCGCACCCGCCCUGCCAUGGAGACUCUGAUCCCCGUUAUCAACAAACUGCAGGAGAUUUUCAACACGGUAGGGGCCGAGGUGAUCCAGCUGCCCCAGAUCGUGGUGAUUGGGGCCCAGGUGAGACUCCAAUUCCUCCCUUCCUGGGGGGAUCCAGCUGCCUCACUGGGGUCCAGCGGGAAGAGCUCAGUUCUGGAGAGCAUUGUGGGUCGCGACUUCCUGCCCCGGGGCUCAGGCAUUGUCACCCGGCGGCCCCUGGUCCUGCAGCUGGUGAAUGUGCCAUUUCUGGAGGAGCGGCAACAUGCAGCCAGUGGGGAGACAAGUACCCAGGCCGAGGAGUGGGCGACCUUCCUGCAUUGCAAGCACAAGACCUUCACCGACUUCGAUGAGAUCCGGCAGGAGAUCGAGACUGAGACCGAGAGGAUGACAGGAACCAACAAGGGGAUCAGUCUGGAGCCCCUGUAUCUGAAGAUCUACUCCCCACAUGUCCUGAACCUGACACUGGUUGACCUACCGGGGAUCACCAAGGUGCCUGUGGGGGACCAGCCCCCCGACAUUGAGGGCCUGGUGCGGGAGAUGAUCCUAUCCUACGUUUCCAAUCCGAACUGCCUGAUCCUGGCUGUGACAGCUGCCAACACCGACAUGGCCACCUCUGAGGCGCUCAAGCUGGCCCGGGAUGUUGACCCUGAUGGACGCCGCACACUGGCCGUGGUCACCAAGCUGGACCUGAUGGAUGCCGGGACGGACGCCAUGGACGUUCUGAUGGGCAGGGUCAUCCCUGUCAAACUGGGCAUCAUUGGUGUGGUGAACAGGAGCCAGCAUGACAUCAACACUCGGAAGAGCAUCACUGAGUCACUGCAGGACGAGCAGGGCUUCCUGCAGAAGCGAUACCCAUCGCUGGCCAACCGCAACGGCACCCGGCACCUGGCCAAGACCCUCAACCGGCUGCUGAUGCACCACAUCCGGGAUUGCCUGCCGGAGCUGAAAACCCGGGUGAAUGUGCUGACGGCCCAGUAUCAGUCAGUGCUGCAGAGCUAUGGGCAGCCCAUUGAGGACAAGAAUGCCACGCUGCUGCAGAUCAUCACCAAGUUCGCCACUGAGUACUGCCACACCAUCGAGGGCACGGCACGGAACAUUGAGACCUCAGAGCUCUGCGGGGGUGCCCGCAUGUGCUACAUCUUCCACGAGACAUUCGGCCGGACGUUGGAGUCCAUCGACCCGCUGGCUGGGCUCACGAUGCUGGACAUCCUGACGGCCAUUCGCAAUGCCACGGGCCCCCGUCCUGCCCUCUUUGUGCCCGAGGUCUCCUUCGAGCUUCUGGUGAAACGUCAGAUCAAGCGUCUGGAGGACCCGAGCCUGCGCUGUGUGGAACUGGUGCACGAGGAGCUGCAGCGCAUCAUUCAGCACUGCUCCACCUACAACACACAGGAGCUGCUGCGCUUCCCCAAACUGCAUGAAGCGAUUGUGGAGGUGGUGACAGGCGUCCUGCGGCAGAGGCUGCCCAUCACCAACGAGAUGGUUCAUAAUCUGGUUGCAAUCGAGCUCGCCUAUAUCAACACCAAGCACCCGGACUUCAUCGACACAGCGCUGGUGUCUGCCUCUGUCAGCAGCAGCAAGAAUGACCCCCCUGCGGAGGGGAUCCGGCGUUGGAAGAGCGACAAAGUGGAGAAUGCUGGCAUGGAAGAGAAGCCCAAGGGGAACACCCAGCCCCCCAUGUAUUCCAGCCCCAGUCGCUCCCAUGCUGUCAAUCUGCUGGACACGCCCAUGCCGGCCACACGGAAGCUGAGCCAGCGGGAGCAGCAGGAUUGUGAGGUGAUCCGCAGACUCAUCAAAUCCUAUUUCCUCAUUGUGCGCAAAAGCAUCCAGGACAGCGUCCCCAAGACGGUCAUGCAUUUCCUGGUGAACUAUGUCAAGGACCAUCUGCAGAGCCAGCUGGUUGGACAGCUAUACAAGCAGCAGCUGCUGGACAUGCUGCUCACAGAGUCAGAGGACAUGGCACAGCAGCGCAAGGAGGCUGCUGGGCUGCUCCAGGCCUUGCAGCGAGCCAACCAGACCAUCUCUGAGAUCCGGGAAACGCAACUCUGGUGAGGGGAGGUUGACUCACAUGGUGCUACAAACACCCCUCUGCUGACCUGUGUGGAUGUCGGGAGAAGCUGAGUUUCUACUCC